GCCUCUGUUGACUUCCGGGAACAUGGCUAACACCGGGGCGGCGGACGACCACUGGCGGAGUGCAAGGGGAGUGUAGCGGAAGACUGGGCACCCUGAGGUUACCAGGCCCUGACAGCGCGGCGACAUGAGAUUAUGAGUCUUUAUCGAGAUCAUACAGAGAAAUACGUUAGUUCCGAUCAGGCAGCUUUACCUUCACCUACACUGAUAAUCACUGACUUUAGCUGCUGGGAAAGGAGUCGCGCAUGUUGAUCAAGCCAUGUCCUACUGGAUCGCACCAGAUUCACGCACUGUAUUUUUAGCCAUAUUUUAGUACAACUCUCAGCGUUUCGCGACACGAAGCAAAACAACCCCAGCUGCAACACGCAGAUACUGUGAAAUCAUCGGUGUAGCAGCUCGUUAGCAGCGCUCAGCUCUGCUCUUCUUCCGGGGCCUCAGCAGAUGCUCCAUAAAUCCAGCUUUUACAACAUCAUGUCAGUCCCCUUAAAACGUUUAUUAAAGAUCAGUUUUUGAAUGCACACCGCUGUGCAACACAGUCAACCGUCGAAUCGGCAAUAAUCUUGCCAAUGCCACCGACUCCUGCGGGCAAAUUCAUCCUCCUGAACAGAACCUGCACAUCCAUCCACGCGCCAUCCUCUGAGAUAAACAUGAGUGUUCUCUUGAACUUCACAUUUGGACCACCCUAUAUACCAUGCUGGGGCUGCCUGUUCGCUUUGGCCUUUUAACCUGCAGGAGAUUCUCCUCGCCCCACCAGCCUUCUCGCCUACUGAGUCUAGGUGCUCUUACUAGUAUGUACACCACACGCAUGUACAGCGGUGGUGGGGGCAAGCCAGGUCGGCGCAUCAGCCUGAUGGGAGGAGGGCCGCCCCUGCUGGAGAACCACCAUCAUCCACUCCCUCCACAUCACCCUCAUGUCCAUCAUCCUCAGAGCUACCCACCCGUUUAUCAAGCCCGUCUAGAUGCCCACCGGCCCCAUUACCAGACCCACCAGCACUACCACACCCACCCUCAAGUCGCCCACCUCCCCCCUCCGCACUACCAGCCUCAUGCACAUUUGCACCACGGCAAGAAGAAGACCUGGAACUUCAUCCAUGAGAAGAUGAGCUACGACACCUUCUUCACCAUGAAGCGACUGAUCGAUCGCUCGCGCACCGUGGAUGAAGUCCUCCGCUGGGUCACGCAGAAUCCAGGCAAGAUCUCGCACAAUCAUUACCCCAUUGCCCUACAGAAGAUCGGUCAGCUCCUGGUACUGCUGCAGGCUGGAGGUCAGGCGGGUGGUGGUGGAGGAGCGGGCGAAGGAGCCUUGCCAGCGACCUCUGUUGGAGGUUCAGGGGAGAACGCUAUACGACACAUUCUGGAUAAUCAGGACUUUCAGACUCUCUGUGAUGCCAUUGUCAAUGACUGCUCCAAGUUUGACAACUUCAGCAUUGUUAACUGCCUUUAUGCUGUAGCUGCUCUUGGGCUGCCCAGUGACUCUCAGAUUGUGCAGGUGCUGGAGGAAGAGUCCCAGGCGCGUCUGUCCCAGUUCAACCAAAAGGACAUCUCCAUGGUUUUCAGCAGCAGCAUGAAGCUGCAUCCGUCCAGCCAGCAUCCGUUGAUCGAGUCGUGUCUCGCUGGGCUAGAGAAGAACAUCGAGCGGGAACGCCACCCCCAGACGCUCUUCCUCCUGCUCUCCUACUACCGCACUAAAUGGAGAGCGCUGCGGGCGGCGGAUGGAGCCUCCCCGGAGCUGCUGGUGGUGAACCGGAAGAUCCUGCGGCUGGUGAAGCACACGCUGGCCAGCGUUAGCAGCGUCAGGGACCAUGAGAUGGCUCUGCUGGAUGAGAUGCUGUCAGCAUGUGCCAGGGAGGCUAGCAACAAGAGCCUCGAGCUUAUCUUCAGCUCUCACCUCUUCUACCAGAACAGGCAGGAGAAGUUUGUGAGCAGUCUUGCAGAGGAGUUGCCUAAAAAGGUUGAUAGCAUCACGCCUUACACCAUGGCCCUCAUUGCCAAGUACAUCGCUCGCCAUCGUCUCAGAGAAACACGCUUGCUAGACACUAUCGCUGACUUCUUGGUCAAGAAGGGUGAAUACCUGGACAGCAAGGUGAUCCAGAAGCUUGUUUUCCCAUUCAGUCGUAUGAGUUAUCGGCCAGCUAAUGAGGCUCAGUUUUUUUCCAAGCUGGAGAUGGUGCUUGAACUAAAGGCUCUGAGCUCUCCAUUGGCAACUGUAAACAUCCUCAUGUCCUUGUUCCAGCUGGGACAUUUUCCUGGGCUUGUUCUUCACCGUGUCUUUUCUCCAUCGUUCAUCAGCAAUGUCACCAACAGCCCGUACGCCCUAAUCGUACGUCGGUACCUUUCACUACUGGAUGCAGCCGUAGAGCUGGAAUACAGGGACUACACUGGACCUCGCCUUCAGGACACCCACAAAGUGCUCAUGUUUGACCACGCUUUAACUGCAGAUGAGGUGAACCGCAAAUACAGUUAUAAAGGUCUGGUUGCAGAGGCACUCCGGCAGCUUGUUGGCGAGCACGGCUACAAACAAGAUGAAGUUCUCGCACCAGGAUAUUACACCGAUUUCCUGCUGUGGAUCGACAGCACAGGCCGCGUCCUCCCCAUCAGAACAGGCACACCAGCAGCAUCAUUAGCAGCAGGUUCAACCCCGUGUGUAGUACUGAACCUUAAAUCUCCAGAUGGUUCCGGUUCUGUCGCGGCCCUCACUACCGACUUCCAUAAGUUCUCCCCCUUUGCCCCGUCACUGGAGGAAGGGGCUGACAAACGAGCUGGAGAGGAGUCUGCCUUCCUCUCCGCUCACAUGCGUCCUCCAGCAGCAGCAGCAGCAGGAUCUCAGAGGGUCGGCCCUAAUGGAACGGUCUCGCUGGACUACAACCCAUAUUACACCUCUUCAGAUUAUUACUCGACUCUAGCCAAGGAACACUCUCUGGAGAGUCAGGACAGCUCCACCCUCAGUAGCCCCUCAGACUGCCUGACCCAGACAGGACCCUCCGUUCCAGGGACAGUUGCACCGCAAGACUCCCUGUUCCAGUUCUCCAUUGGAAAAAUCCUGGAGGAUGAGGGGGGUGCUGCGACAGGAGCGAGCACAGUGCCGGACUGUGAGAUCACUACGUUUUACGAAAGUGUGUCGUACCCAGAGGGUGGCGAGAGUGAUGUAGUGGCCGGUUCUCCACUGCAGCUUCACAACCCUGACAACCCUGAAGCUGACCGGACCACAGGAGAGCAGGUGAAGAGGGUUAUUAUGUCUGUAAAUGAUAAAUGGCAUUAUUGCCAUAAUUCUGACGUGCUGGUGGGAUCCAGGGCCAUGAGAGAUCGUCACCUGCACUUACUGGGCUACGUUAUACUACAGUUGCCCUAUCUGGAGUUGGAGAAGCUGAAUGGGAUUGAGGAAGUGAAGCAGUACCUACACAAAAAGCUCCUGGAGGUUAUUUUAUGACGACAUAAACGAAGCGAGUGUGUGUGUUCAUGUGCUUCAGUGAGCAUGUGCGACUUCUGCAUUUUCAAGAGGUUUUGUUGUUUUCAGAAAGACUAUGGUGUAUGUAUGUGUCUGUGUGUGUAUGUGAGCGUCUGUAUGUGCGUUUGUACACACAGGAUGUGAACAGUCCUUGUUUUCAGGACAAACCAUCAGUUGACACAAGGAAUCUGGGUGGGUGUUAUUGUCAUUCUUUAAUUAUUCAGAGGUCUCCUCUGGGCAAAAAUCAAAAAGGUUAAUGUAGUAAGUCUAACUGUGCCUGGAAAACAGCUUAUUCAACAUCAUCAAGCAUACAGUACUUCCCUCAGUGAGUGAUUAAGGACCAUUUCAUUCUCAAUGAACAAUAUAUUCAGCAACACUUCUGAAAUGUUUUAUAUUUUGUCCAGAGUGAGUGUUUUUGGUAUAUAUUCGGGGGUGAGAGGAGCAGGUGGUUAAUUAUAUGUUCCCCAGCAUUUUAUUUUUUGUUUUUGAUGGUGUUCCCACAUCCACUUUCAUGUCCUCACUGUUAUUUUGGUGUGUUUAGGUGCAGGCUUGAGAGUAGGCAAUAAUUUUGUCUUUUGGGGCAAGUAUGAGGAGCAUAAUAUAUUUUAUGGAUGCGGACACAAAUGUGCAGAGGUCUGGUGAUGAGCCACAGAUAUUUGUAUUUCAGAUACUGCCACCACAGCCACUGCUGCUCUUUGGUUUUAAACCUAAAAUAAUUGAGGGUUUGGGGAAAAAUAUGGACAUAUAUAUUAAUAAAUAAGUGGAGUUGUUGAUUGAAAGUCUUAUGAUGUGAACUGUAUGGAGUUACAGAAUAGAAAUGUUGGAAUGUACAAGAAUUAUUAUAUGCAGGAAUGGGUUAUGUUUAUAUAUUUUAUUUUUCUCAAAAUGAAUGAUGCUUUGGUAUCAUGUGAGGGGGAAAAGCAAUUCACAAAGUUGACUGCAGGAUAGUUAUUAAAUUAUGUUUUCAUCUCCCAUGUGGAGAAUGUUGCAUUUUUAGAUUGUGCCUUUAGCAUAUGGAUCUGUCCUCAUUGUAAUCUUCAGAUAAAUUCUAAACAAAACGUUUAAAGAAAGUC